AUGUCGUCCCGAUUGGUCAUGAUCGAAAGACUCAAAAGGAUGAGCGACGAGGACUGGGAGCGGUCGCUUCUGUGCAGGAAGUUGGCCAAGAUGGAGGACAUCCCUGAGGCACAACCCGUGGAUGUGCAGAUUUCCGAAGAUGAGGAAGAGCCCGAGGUCGACCGAGUGGGCCGUGAGAACGGCCAUGAUAUGGAGGCCUUUUGGGCCGCACACCGGAGGCUGGGCCCUACAUGUGGCCAGCCGACCAACUACGACAAAACGCCUGCUUCAUCGGACAGCGGAUCUUGGAGCGAAGAUUGGAAUGCUUCCCCGGAUAGCAGCGUAGACCCCGUUUAUGAAAGGGACUACGAGGGCGACGACGAGUAUGAGGACGACGAG